CAUAGGAAAAAAAAAGCCACCUACGCGGCAAGAACAUUUAUACAUUGUACGUGCAUUCGGCCAAGAAAAGAAGUAUGUUCCAUGUGAUACAUGCACUGAAUUUCAUCACUAGCUCACUGAAAAAGGCAAGCUUAUGUUAUAAAUAGCUCCACAUAUCGUCCCUUCAACUUAAACUGCCAACUUCUAAAGCUAGCUAGCACGGAAGAACCAAAGUCUGUUUUAUUUACACCAUAAAUUCCAGCAUGGAUGUUGUCUAUGUCAAACAAGAACUGAUUUUGAAGGAAGCAAAGGAUGUGUACAAGAAUCUUAUCAGGGAGGAUCCGAUGGAAGGUCUGUAUAUGACUGACAUUAUCCAAAGGCUUGGCAUUGAACACCUCUUUGAAGAGGAAAUUGAAGCAGCUCUUAGAAAUCAACAUUUGAUAUUGAGCAGCCAUCCCAGUGAUUUUGUCACUAGCCAUGAUCUGUAUGAAGUUGCCCUUACAUUCCGCUUGCUCAGACAAGGAGGCCAUUACUGCAAUGAAGAUAUGUUUGAUAGCUUGAAGUGUAACAAAAGAAAGUUAAGAGAAAACCAUGGUGAAGAUGUGAGGGGCCUCAUUGCUCUGUAUGAAGCAUCCCAGCUAAGUAUUAAAGGAGAAGAUGGUCUUCAAGAUGCAGGGUACCUCGGCUGUGAGCUCCUUCAUGCAUGGCUAUCAAGACAUGAAGACCAUGGUGAAGCUAAAUAUGUUGCAAACACUCUUCAGCAUCCGCUUCACUAUGGAUUGUCAAGAUUCAUGGAUAAAAGCAUCUUCCUCAAUGAUUUCAAGGCCAAGAACGAAUGUAGUUUUUUAGAGGAACUUGCUAAAAUCAAUGACAGCAUACUUAGAUUCAUGAACAAGAAUGAAAUAAUUGAAGUUUCCAAAUGGUGGAAAGAGCUUGGACUAUGUGAAGAUGUGAAGUUUGCUAGGUAUCAACCUCUUAAAUGGUACAUGUGGCCCAUGGCAUGCUUUACAGAUCCAAGGUAUUCAGACCAAAGGAUUGCGCUCACUAAACCAAUCUCUCUAAUCUACAUUAUUGAUGACAUUUUCGAUGUUCAUGGGACAUUAGACCAGCUUACAGUGUUUACAGAUGCUGUUAACAGGUGGGAAUUGACUGGUACAGAGCAACUUCCAGACUUUAUGAAAAAUUGCUUGAUUUCUCUUUAUGACAUUACCAAUGAUCUUGCUGAAAAUGUCAACAAAAAGUAUGGGUUCAACCCUAAAGAUACCUUUAAAAAAUCGUGGAUGCGAUUAUUGAACGCUUUCUUGAAAGAGGCACAUUGGUUGAAUUCUGGUCACUUGCCAAAGGCAGAGGACUACUUGAACAAUGGAAUUGUGAGCACAGGAGUGCAUGUGGUUCUUAUUCAUGCAUUUUUCCUCUUGGAUAAUGCUAUAACUAAGGAAAAUGCAGCUAUCAUGAACGACAACUUUCCAAACAUUAUAUAUUCCGUCGCUAAUAUUCUUCGUCUUUCAGAUGAUUUAGAAGGAGCUAAGAGUGAAGAUCAAAAUGGUCUUGAUGGGUCGUAUCUUGAUUGCUACAUGAGUGAGCACCAAGACAUUUCAGCUGAAGAUGCACAGAGGCAUGUUGCUCACUUGAUUUCAAAUGAAUGGAAACAUCUCAAUCGAGAAAUCUUGACCCCGAAUCAAUUUACAGCAUCAUUUAAAACCUUCUGUCUCAAUGCUGCUAGAAUGGUACCUCUCAUGUACCAUUAUCGCAGCAAUCCAAGCCUCUUUAAUCUGAAGGAACAUGUCAAGUCACUGGUUAAUGUUGGUGUUGGGCACAAGUAGUGAGUGCACCCUCAAAGGCUAUGACUUGUUAUCCAAUAAUUCAUGGCAGAUUAAGUAGUUUAUUUCAAUAAUGUGGAGCACAUCAUGUUCUUUUAUGA